GAAAGGACACAGUUACCAAAGAUAAUGGCAUUCGACCUUCCUCACUGGAACAGAUGGCCAAACUAAAGCCUGCAUUCAUCAAGCCCUAUGGCACAGUAACAGCUGCAAAUUCUUCUUUCCUGACUGAUGGUGCUUCUGCAAUGCUUAUUAUGGCAGAGGACAAAGCUCUGGCCCUGGGUUAUAAGCCAAAAGCAUAUUUGAGGGACUUUGUGUAUGUAUCUCAGGAUCCAAAAGAUCAGCUAUUACUCGGACCAACAUAUGCUACUCCAAAAGUUCUAGAAAAGGCAGGAUUAACCAUGAAUGAUAUCGAUGCAUUUGAAUUUCAUGAAGCCUUCUCAGGUCAGAUUUUGGCAAAUUUUAAAGCCAUGGAUUCUGACUGGUUUGCACAAAACUACAUGGGCAGGAAAACCAAGGUUGGCUUGCUUCCUAUGGAGAAGUUUAAUAUCUGGGGUGGAUCGCUGUCUCUGGGUCACCCAUUUGGAGCCACUGGCUGCCGGUUGGUCAUGGCAGCUGCCAACAGAUUACGGAAGAAUGGAGGCCAAUAUGGCUUAGUGGCUGCCUGCGCGGCUGGAGGGCAGGUAUGUUUGUUAGUUGUCUUUACGAUAUUCUUUUUUUUUUUUUUUU